AUGGCCGAUCCCGAGAGAGGCACUACGCCUGUCGGUGACGAGAAGGCCGUCUCCCAUCAUAAGGAACAAAUGUUCGGGGAUGUCGCUCAUGAUGCCGCGGAAGGCGGUCACCUUGCGACGGAUGAAUAUGGCCAGUCACUGGUGGAGUUUGACAAGGCAGCGGAAUCACGAUUGCGACUCAAGAUCGACCUUUAUAUUGUCCCAACGGUCGCGGUGAUGUAUCUUUUCUGUUUCAUUGAUCGAGCCAAUAUCGGAAAUGCCAAAUUGGCCGGCUUCGACAAGGACCUUGGACUCGUGGGUUAUGACUACAAUGGGGUCCUCUCGAUCUUCUUUAUCUCAUAUAUCCUUUUCGAAAUUCCAAGCAAUAUUAUGUGUAAAUGGGUCGGUCCGGGAUGGUGGCUACCGGCCAUGACGUUGGGAUUUGGGAUUUGUUCGGUCGCGACGGCUUUUGUCAAUGAUAUUCACAGUAUAUCUGGUGUUCGCUUCCUCUUGGGUAUGUUUGAGGCAGGACUACUACCAGGAAUCGCAUACUACAUGUCACGUUGGUACCGACGAAGCGAACUUGCCUUCCGCCUGUCAUUGUAUAUUGUCAUGGCUCCCCUUGCUGGAGCGUUUGGUGGCCUCUUGGCUUCGGGUAUCCUUAAGCUGGAUCAUUUCGGUUCUCUGCACAGUUGGCGUAUGAUCUUCGCGAUUGAAGGGAUUGUCACGGUCGGAAUCGCCGUUGUCGCGUUUUUCACCUUGACCGACCGGCCGGAGACAGCCAGAUGGCUCACGCAGGAGGAAAAAGAUCUAGCGAUUGCCCGUGUCAAGUCGGAGCGGGUUGGCACGACAGAGGUUCUUGACAAACUUGAUGUAACGAAGACACUACGUGGUAUCUUUAGUCCUACGACGCUCACAUCCGCGUUCGUCUUCCUGUUGAACAACAUUACGGUUCAGGGUCUUGGAUUCUUUGCGCCAACAAUUGUCAAAAGCAUCUAUCCCAAUGACACUGUGGUGUCUCAGCAACUCCACACAGUGCCUCCUUACAUUGUCGGGGCAUUUUUCACAUUAUUGUUUCCGUUCCUCAGCUGGCGACUCGAUAAUCGCCUCCUCUUCUUCAUCGUCAGCCCGCCAUUCAUGGUAAUUGGUUAUAUCAUGUUCCUUGCGAGCGAGGACAGUAUGGUCCGAUAUGGCGCGACCUUCUUGAUCGCCGCCGGAGCCUUUGCGUUGGGCGCCCUGUGCACUGCGACCUCGUCGGCAAAUGUCAUUUCCGACACCGCUAGAUCUUCGGCAAUUGGAACAACUGUGAUGUUCGGAAACAUUGGGGGGCUUAUUAGCACCUGGUCAUUCUUGCCUUUUGAUGGGCCCAACUACCACAUCGGUAAUGGACUCAAUCUGGCAACCUCAGCCACAACUCUACUUGUUGGAGCCGGCCUAUGGGCCUUCAUGAAAUGGGACAACCAGCGCCGUGAGCGCAUCGAUGUUAGGAGCGCUUUGGCAGGGCUUUCCCAGAAACAGAUCCAGGAUAUGGACUGGCGCAACCCUGCGUUCCGCUGGCGGCCGUAG